AGAGAGAGAGAGAGAGAGAGAGAGAAAGAGCCGGACACGGCGGGGAGAGGGAAAACCACGGGGGCUUUUGAAAAAGUUUUAUCUUGUCGGCGCGCUUCGGCCUCUCAGACGCUACCGAACGCCGGUACGGUGUUGUUGGCCACGGUGUGGCGCGCGGCCUCCUCGCCGACGAGUUGCGAGUAAAGAGAGCGAACGGAAAGAGAUUGGAAGAGAAAGAGCAAGAGGGAGAGAGAGUUCCGGUCGUGUGCCGCGGUUUCCGGCCCCGGUCGGUCCGUCAGCUUCCGUCCGCCCGCGCGCUCGCGAACGUCCGCGCGAGAGGAGCCGGACCAUCGAGGAGGAGAGACUCUCCCGACGAGCGUUAUCCGCAGGACGAGAGGGCAGCCGUACGUCCUUGGAGGAAUCGUUCUUCCUUCGCUCGUCUCUCGCCAUGCACCGUCGCUGAGGUGGUGUCCCGUGGUGCCGGUCGAGAGAGAGAAAGAACGAAAGAGAGAGAGAGAGAGAGAGAGAGUGAGCGAGCGAGCGAGCGAACGAGAAAGGGGGAUACGUAAAUAGAGAGAGAAGAGGGAAUCGAGAAAGAGGGAAGAGGAGGAGGAUCAGUCAGGAAGAGGGCGAAGAGGUCGACAAGAGUGACUCCUUGGCCGCGGGGGACCAACGACGAGAUGAAGAACCGUGUGUUGCUAAAGAGUGCGUUGCUCCUGCUGCUGAUCGCGGCGAACGGCCUGGUGACAGCAUCCGAGGACGAUGACCUGAUUUUCGACCCAGAUGGCAAGCAACUUCCGGCCCAGGCGCCGUUGAUCGAAACGCAACAGGACCAGUCAUUUUUCCACAGGAUAAAGAGAGGAUUUUGGAACUUUUUCGAGCCGCAAAGCAGCUCAACAACUACAACCACGACGCAAACGCCACCAGAUCAAGAGCAGACAGUACACCAAGAUCAGAAUCUAAAUCAGGAUCAGGAGCAAAAUAUCGACGACUCGGUCUUCGUCAACACUCAGGAUGGAAACCGUACAGUCUCUCAGGUGAAAGCGUCGAGUGUCGAAAACGGCGUCAUCGAGAGAUUGACUCUCAACAACGGCAACGACGACGACAACGACGAAGACAACGAGCACAAUAACGAAGUCGAAGACGUUGCGGAAAGUCGUAGGAUACCGGUGACAUAUGGGAACAGCGACGACGAGGACUUGGCCGGCUCGGGAGAUAUCGAAGGCAGCGCGUCCGAAACGGACCAGGACAACCGUGUUAACACGGACAACCAUCGCACUGUCGGUCCUGCGAGAUUCUAUCGAGUCACCUUGACGGUCGGCGAACCCUACAGGCGAGAGUACUCCGACAGGAACAGCCCCGAGUACCGAAUCCUGAGCAGCAAUCUCACCAAGGCCCUCGAGAACUUGUAUAAUAAUCACAUUCCGAAUUACAAUUAUUUCGCGAACGUCGUCAAGAUAUCACCGACGUCCGACGCUUUCACGUCCCAGGUCACCCUCGACAUCGGCUCGACGUUCACGGACGAGCACAAAGUGCGCGACGUCCUCGAGCAACAGCUCGAGCAGUAUCAUUCCUUGGGCAACAUCCAAGUAGGUCCUGAGGGAUUCACCUUCAGGAUAUUCCAAGCCGGCGAGAAAGACACACAACCGGAAUGCGAUCAAUCGGCCGAGUUAAUGUGCAAGAGCGGUGCAUGCGUGCCGUUAGAAUCGCGCUGCGACGGCGUGUUGCAAUGCGACGACGGUUCGGACGAGGACAACUGCCCGGGGGAUGUAAAGACGAUUGAAGAUACGACCUCGGAUCUGCCGACGGAGAUGCCGGACGACAUCAAGGGUGACGACGAGGGUGAGGACGAGGAUUCGAUCCACGAAUCCACGCUGAGGCCAACCGUGAGCAAGUGUCGCGCCGACGACACGGUACGCUGCGCCGACGGCAGCCGUUACAUCUGUUCGGUGCAGGAGUGCGACGGUAUUCCGGAUUGCGAUGACGGCGGUGACGAGGUCGACUGCCCGCACCCAGGCUGCGGCGCCGGCGAAUUCGCGUGCGACGUCAACAGAUGCAUAUUGGAACAGCAACGAUGCAACUUCGUCGAGGAUUGUCAAGACGGUAGCGACGAGCACGACUGUCACUAUCCCGCUUGCUCGUCGACGCAGUUCUUGUGCAAAAACGGACAGUGCAUCGACAGAAACAAAUACUGCAAUGGCGUGCUGGACUGCCACGACGGUACCGAUGAGCACAACUGCCACUGCAGGGAUGACCAAUUCGAAUGCGCGCCUGGUUUUUGCGUGCCUUUAUCACGACGCUGUGACGGAUUCGCGGACUGUAACGGUGGAAGGGACGAACAAAAUUGUCCGAACAUGACACAAUGUCGAGCGGACGAAUUCGAGUGUGACGACGGCUCGUGCGUCAGCAAAAACGCAAGAUGCGAUGGACGGAACGAUUGUCACGAUCAUUCCGACGAGUAUAAUUGCAAUGUGACCACCUGUAGCGGGGAUCAGUAUCGGUGUUUGGACGGCAUCUGCCUGAGCAUCGACAAGCGCUGCAACGGAGUGCCCGACUGCCGCAACGGCGAGGAUGAGAACCAGUGCGGUUGCGGAGAGGCCGAGUUUCGCUGCACGGACGGCCGCUGCAUCGGCUACGAGUUGCAGUGCAACGGGGUGAACGAGUGCUCUGAUGGCUCUGAUGAAAGGGACUGCGUGACAUAUUCGCGGCGGAACUUUCACAACGCCGGAAAGUUCGCCGCACGGAUGUCGUCGGCUGCGACCUUCCGCGGAGGAGAGAAGCCCGCGGAAGACAACACAUCGCGGCCAUCCGCGACCACAGAGAGUGUCCAUCGACUCACCAUCAUACCGUCCGUGACGAUCAGCGACUCGAUUUUGGAGAUGUUCCCGGAAGAAGCUCGACCACGAGUCAUUCCGAGCUCCGUGCUGCGGAAUCCUACGCCGUACUUGACGAGAAUCGCACCCGAACGGGAAGAUGACGGGAAGCGCGACUCGUCCUUGCGAAGCGAGCCGCAACACGCAGGUCGCGAGCUCGACGCGAAGACUCGCCACGGAAACGUCACGAUUUAUCGACCGAGUGUCGGCCGCGGCGAGUCCGAAGCACUCAGCCCUGAACGACCCAAGCUGUCGGAUGAUCUCGUCAAGUCCAUGAUUCAAUGGAAGCACAAUAACGAUUCGGCGAAAAAUGGCCGAGCCGAUCGCCGGACUGACAGUGCGCGAAAAGUGAAAACUGCGAGCGCGCUGGGAAAAUUCACUGCGUCAGGUUUGAACGUGACGAUCGAGUCCUCGUCCGUGCAGGGAGACCUUAUGAGAAAUGAAGAUAUUAGAGGUAGAGGUGACGCUCAAUCGGGGAAGAACAAUGGCGCGUACGAAGUUAACGCGAUGAAAACACGGUCACGGAAAACGCGCAAAAGAAAGCGGAAGCCAAAAGUGAGCGCGUCGCAGGAAAGCGCGAAUCGCAAGAACGAAAUGACAAAGAGAAAGCCAGACAGAAAGUAUGGGAAGUACAUGAAUGAAUAUUUGAGAAAAUCUAUGAUCGCAACGGGAACGACGACGGAGCUCGCGGUCGACGCGCGAACCUCGUCAACGGCAGCGAGUGUGGUUGCGGGAAAAAUAAACAGAACCCUCGAGGCCUGGCAGGUCGAGGGGCAGAAUACGAGGGAGACGAUUAACCCUGACGCGCCGACCCACUCGAAGCAACGGGCGCUGUCGCGAGAGACUUACGUAACGAAAGGUAACAAAUUGGACAGCGAGGAGGAUUUUUUCGGAUAUAGGACGAGGAAAAACAGUAGACUCUGGUAUUAUAAAAAAAAAUAUCUGAGGAUCCACGGCGUGGCGAUCGAAACGACGAGUGCCGCGGUCGCGAGCGGGAAUGAAGUCGAGGGGUAUAAUCUGGCGAAUAAUCCGACGGACGCGAAUCACGAUCGGGCGCGAGAGUUGAUUCCGUCCGUGCCGGGAGAAACGACCGUCGCGGGAAUCGCAAAAGUCCACAAGGACGAUUACCCUUUCAUAAAGACGGAGAGUCUGCUGUACGAGUCGAGUUCCCCGGAUGUGAAGCUCCAUCGUUAUUUCCCAGAGACCAGCCGCACAUCCGAGACCACUAACGAUAUCGACAGGGCGCGGAUGGAUCUCCCAAUUCCGGGCGACAACUCGAUCAGUUCUAACCAAAGUGCGAGAAACGAUGGCGCGGACGAGAAACGCGAGCAGUCGCAAGCCGUUGCGGAGAAGUUGGCGGAGGAUAACGACAACCCGACCAGCGGCGACGACAAGAUCGAUUCCGGAUUGUUAAACUCCGACGAGACCACCGAAUCGAUGACCGCGCGUGAUUUUGCACACACGAUGCCGUGCGAAUUUCAAGGGUCCAGGGAGACUCUGGAGGAGGAUUCGAAGCAUGACUUCGGCGUUCUGCUCGACUGCACGACGAUGACGACGACGAUGACGUCACCCACAACGACGACCACAACGACAAUGACAACGACAACAAAGGUAUCGGGGAUCCUCGUGACGCGCGCAAACGAAGACGAGUCCACAGAGAAGCCCUCCGCAGAGAAGCACAACAAAUGCAAGCACAAAGAUCACCAUAAUGAUCAUCAGAACAAUAGGUGCAAGAAACGGAAGAAGAAUUGCAAUGGCAAAAAUAAGAGGUGCAAGAAGCGAACGACCGUGGCUCCCGAAGCAAGCAUAACGAUGACGACAAGAACGACAACCAGUGUCGAUUACAGCCUUGAUUACAGCACAGAGACCGCGUCUUCCCGUGAUAAGUGGAGCUAUGGCAAGGUAGAUGUUGACUCGGACAUGAGUACCAGCGAUAAGAAUGACGAGAUUACGACGGAGAGUUUCAAAACGCGGCUCUGGAGCGUUGACAAGCCCGUCACGGCAUACUUUGCAAGAGGCGGCAACCAGAGCAGACCUCAAUCGGACGUAGAUCUCAGCAACAGUGGUGCUACCACGCCAACCACACCCAACGAGAAGUGCGUGAAAAGACGCACUGCAACUAUCACUGAGGCUGCGUUUUCCAAAGGAGUGCCAUUGAGCGAUAAUGAAGACUCGACUGAAGACUGCGCGGAGAACACAUCGUCCACCGACGGGCCUGCAGAAGACGACGAGUCUCAGACAACGGGCUAUCAGGCUGCUGCCAUCGACGGUGACGAUUCUUCCGCGUCCGACUCGGUCAGCACCCCGAGGGCUUCUAGCGUGAAGACGAAUCAGACGAACGAUGAGCAAGAGUACUCAACACGCACCGUUAACGAACAUCGAAGCAGCGACGAGCGAGAAAACGCAACAGAUGAACCGUUGGUCCAGAGCCAAGGGGGCGAUGGGAAUAGCAAAGAAUCAAGCGAGUGGAAUCAGGAGGACAGUACGCAGCCUACGAUGGGUGCCACCGUGCACCCGUACUGGGACAGCGAGGAGACAGACGACGAGGAGGAGGAGGAGGAGGAAGAGAAGGAGGAUACGACGGGAGCGUCGACUUUCAACGGGGACGUCAACGUCGCGACGUUAGUCCCCGAGGAUUACGAGGCCGACAAUUGCGACGAGAACCAGCACGCCUGCGACAAGUACACGUGCAUCGAUGAGGACAAGCUCUGCGACGGCAUCGUGGACUGUCUCAGCGCCAACGACGAGAUCGGCUGCGACUACAUAUAUAUGAAGAGAUGGCAAGAGCAUCUGAGAGGCAGUGGAGGCUCGACCACCUUUCAGCCGCCAACGCAUCCGCCGAGGAACACGUCGACAGAGGAAUACAGCAGUUUCGAGUAUCCUCGCAACAGCGGCUGCGUAAACGCGUUGAACUUCUGCGACGGAAAGAGGGACUGCGCGGACGGCAGCGACGAGGAGUUCUGCAUGAACGUCGUGUCCGAAGACCCCACGUCGAAUCCACGCUGGCGACCGCCACGCAGAAGGGAAUGCGACCCGAAGAAGGAAAUGCGUUGCGAUGAUGGUGCUUGCGUUCUCCUGCGGCGUAGGUGCGACAAUAUCUUCGACUGCUUCGACGGCAGUGACGAGCGGGGCUGUGGGGUGUGUACACCUGCCGAAUGGAAGUGCGCCAGUGGCGAAUGCUUGCCGGAAAACUAUAGAUGCGACGGGAUAACGCACUGCGCCGACGGCUCCGAUGAGGAUGGAUGCGUCACCGAAUGUCCGGCUGGAUGGUUCCGAUGCAACGACGGAUUGUGCCUCGACAAUAAGAGACGUUGCGAUGGCCGACCGCAUUGCCUCGACGGCUCCGACGAGAUCAAUUGCCCUCGUAACGAAUGCCCGGAGAAUCAAUUGCCCUGCGGCAACGGUGUCUGCAUCAAUAAGAAGUUCUUCUGCGACCACAAUAUCGACUGCCAUGACGCUACUGACGAGCGAGAUUGCCCGGAUAUCAACGAGGGCGUCGAUACGAAGCAAUGCCCCCAUGACAGCUUCACCUGCAACGACGGCAGCUGCAUAUCUCAGUCGGCGGUGUGCGACGGCCAUGCGGACUGUCCGCACGACGAGGACGAGAGCACAUGUCGUCGAGGAUGCACGCGAGACCAGUUCCAGUGUGCCAACGGGGACUGCAUCAAUGCUGAUCAGAGAUGCAACGGGUACAUCGAGUGCGCCGACGGCUCCGACGAACCUGAGGAAUGCGAGUCACCACCAGGGACGGGUCAUUGUGCGGCAAGCCAGUUCAUGUGCAUCUCAGACAGAAGCUGCGUGCCGCACUCUUCCGUCUGCAACGGAAUUCCAGAGUGCACGGACGGCUCGGACGAGGAGAACUGCGAUCACCGGCUGCGGUGCACCGACGAGGAGUGGAGGUGCAAGAGUGGCGAUUGCGUGCCACGCCAUCAACGUUGCGAUCGACGAAUCGAUUGCCCGGACGACGAUAGCGACGAGUUGGACUGCGAUUAUCGGGCGUUGCAGAGAAAUCACAGUCGUUGCCGGUCGCACGAGUGGCAGUGCAACGACGGUCACUGCAUACCGGCGCAUCAGCGUUGCGACAGAAAACUCGACUGUCCUAGAGACAUGUCCGACGAGAUCGGUUGCAGUUACGAGAAGCGUCCGACCGACGGCGGGUCCGAUCUCAGGCUGAAGACUUACCCCAGCGAACAAGUGAUCAAAGAGAACCCGGCGAAGCAAGGUCGCGAGGUCGUGUUCCAAUGCCGUGACGAGGGUCUCCUACGUGCCAGAGUACGUUGGAUCCGCGCUAACGGUCUACCUCUGCCAUCCGGCAGCCGGGACAUCAACGGUCGUCUGGAGAUACCCAACAUCCAACUCGACCACGCCGGAACUUAUAUUUGCGAGGCAGUCGGCUACUCGCCGUCCACGCCGGGCAGUCAAGUGAGCGUCAGCCUCGAAGUCGAGAAGUUUGAGCAACCGGCGACCAGACCUCCGCAAGUGUGCCAAUAUGACGAAGCCACCUGCAGCAACGGCGACUGCAUCCCCAAGUCGUACGUGUGCGACGGUAAAUUCGACUGCACCGACGGAUCCGACGAGAUGCGAUGCAGUCCGCACGGAUGCGAGCCCAACGAGUUCCGUUGCAAUAAUAAGCAGUGCGUCAGCAAGUUGUGGCACUGCGACGGCGACAAGGACUGCGCCGACGGCAGCGACGAGGAGAACUGCGCGCCGUCUCCUCCGGGAUCCGCCUGCCGUUACAACGAGUUCGCCUGCAGCAGCAACAAGCAGUGCAUCCCGAAGAGCUACCACUGCGAUAUGGAGCGGGACUGCUUGGACGGCAGCGACGAGCUCGGUUGCUCUCCCGUUUACAUCGUGAAACCACCACCGCCGAUGGUCGUUCUUGAGCCGGGCGACAUGCUGAUCCUCACCUGCACGGCGAUCGGCGUUCCGACCCCCGAGAUCAACUGGCGACUCAACUGGGGACACAUUCCAUCGAAAUGCACGACCACGUCCGUCAACGGAACAGGUACAUUGACGUGUCCAGACAUACGACCCGAGAACCAAGGUGCGUACUCGUGCGAAGCCUUGAACGUCGCCGGCUUCGUGUUCGCUGUACCGGAUGCCAUCGUCGUCGUGAAGGAGCCCGGCAAUAUCUGCCCGAAAGGCAAGUUCAAUUCCGAGGCAAAGAGCCCCGAGGAGUGCAUCUCCUGCUUCUGCUUCGGCGUCGCUACCGAGUGUCGCAGUGCCGAUCUCUUCACUUAUCACAUCCCGCCGCCGUUCGAUCGUUACAAGAUCGUGUCGGUCGAGACCACGCCGACGAUCAGAAUCCACGGUGACAUCAGCAACCAAAUAUCUCAAAUUCGACCGCUCGGCCGAGACGGCGUGCAGCUCCUGGAAGCCUUCAGCAACGACCUGAACGCCUACAACGUCCCCUAUUUCGCGCUGCCGGAGAGCUAUCAUGGCAGUCAACUCAAGUCCUACGGCGGCUACCUCAAGUACUCCAUUCGCCACAGCGGCAACGGCACACCGAACAGCGCGCCCAACGUCAUCGUGAGCGGCAACAAUUACAUCCUGAUGCACAAGAGCAGAGAGUCGACACCGAAUUUCGAGACCGAGGAGUCCGUCAGGUUCUUCUACGGCGAGUGGUACAAGCAGGAAGGAAGAACCGAGUCCUUAGCCUCCAGGGAGGAGAUCAUGAUGACAUUGGCGAACGUGGAUAACAUCCUCCUCAAGGUGAAAUACGACGACUCGCCGCAGAUAGACGUGCGUCUCACCAACAUCAUCAUGGACACCGCCGAUGUGCGAAACACCGGCCUGGGAUCGGCGUCCUACGUGGAAGAAUGUCAAUGUCCCAGUGGCUACACUGGUCUCUCGUGCGAGCAGUGCGCACCUGGAUACCUGAGGCGCGAAAAUGGACCAUGGCUCGGCCAGUGCUACAGAGACGAGCCACCGUGUCCUCCGGGAUACUAUGGCGAUCCCUCGAGAAACAUCCCUUGCCAGAUCUGUCCUUGUCCGCUCACCAACCCGUCGAACCAGUUCGCCCGUACGUGCCACCUCGGAUCUGACGGGCAACCUACGUGCGACUGUCCCGCUGGCUACGUCGGACGCAGGUGCGAGCAGUGUGCCUCCGGUUACCAAGGGAAUCCCCUUAUUCCCGGUGACAUGUGUGUCGCGGCCCAACAAUGCGAUCCUAACGGCAGCCUCAGCCCUAACGCUGAUCUGCACACUGGAAGGUGCCAUUGCAAGGAAUACGCAACGGGUCUGACUUGCAACCAAUGUAAGGCGAAUACCUUUAAUCUGGCCUCGACAAAUCAAUUUGGAUGUAUAGCUUGCUUCUGCAUGGGCAUCACCAACCGAUGCAUCUCGUCUAACUGGUAUAGGAACGAGAUUCGUGUGUCGUUCACCAAUUCGAUCCGAGACUUCUCCCUGAUCGAGUCGAAGAGCACAGACGCACCGCCGAUCAUCGAUGGUAUUCAUUUGGACACUAUCAGCCGGGAAAUCAUUUACAACGGUUUCCCCAAUCGUGGAAAUAACGACGUCUACUACUGGCAGUUGCCCAGCAUUUUCUUGGGCGAUCAAAUAACAUCUUACGGCGGCAAUCUCAAGUACACCGUCCGAUACGUUCCUUCCCCGGGCGGUCAGAGUUCAAGGAACAACGCCGCGGACGUUGAACUCAUCAGCGCUAACGACAUCAACUUGCUCUACUACUCCCGCGAGUCUCCCGAGCCAAACUCUCAGCAAUCGUUCACUGUGCCGUUGCUCGAGCAAUAUUGGCAACGCAAUGACGGGACCCAAGCGGACAGGGAGCAUCUUCUAAUGGCCUUGGCGGACGUACGAGCCAUCAGAAUCAAAGCCACUUACACGACACACACUGACGAAGCCGCGCUUUCCUUCGUGUCUUUGGACACUGCCGAAAAGUAUAACACAGGCAAGGAGCGGGCAGUCGAAGUGGAAGAGUGCACUUGUCCCGCCGGCUAUAGAGGACUUUCAUGCGAAGAUUGCGAUGUUGGUUACACGCGGGCCAUCGAAGGUCUCUACUUAGGCAUCUGCGAGCCGUGCAACUGCAACGGUCAUUCAAAUCAAUGCGAUCCUGAGACCGGUAUUUGCGAGAACUGCGCGCACCAUACUACUGGCGACUCUUGCGAGGUAUGCGAGCCCGGAUACGAAGGAGACGCCAUUCGAGGCACCCCGAACGAUUGCACGAGUGAGACACCCGGACCGAGAUGCAGAUGCAAUGCGGACGGUUCGCGCAGCACGGCGUGCGUCGACGGCCGAUGCGAGUGCAAAAGGAACGUCGAGGGCCCGGAAUGCAAUCGGUGCCGCCCGUCGACAUACGGAUUACGUGCUGAGAACAUUGAUGGAUGCAUCGAGUGUUACUGCAGCGGAGUAACUGAUCAAUGUCACGAGAGCACGCUGUAUAUACAGCAAAUACCGAUGUGGGUGUACGACUCCCAUCACGGCUUCACUCUCACAGACUCAACUCGACGCGACGUGGUCGCGGACGGCUUCGAGCUGAACGUGGCAAUGAACGAGAUCGGCUAUCGUUAUCCGGACAGCAGAAGCCGCAGACUGUUCUGGUCGCUACCGAGCGUUUUCACGGGCAACAAAGUGAAGAGUUACGGCGGAAACCUCACACUGACGCAACAUAUCACCGCGUAUCCUGAAGCCAAGAGUUACAAAGACCAAGACAUUCUGUUAAUCGGCAAUGGCAUUACGUUGUUCUGGACGAAUCCAACGGAAAUUCAACCCGACAUCCCCAUGACCUACACUGUCCCGCUGAAAGAGAACGAAUGGAGACGCUUGACGACCGAAGGACCGCGUAGCGCUUCUAGAACAGAUCUUAUGAUUGUGCUCUCCAAUUUGGAAGCUAUUCUGGUCCGCGCAUCCCACAGCGACCGGAUGACCGCGACAUACAUCAGUGACAUCAGUAUGGACACAGCCGUGGAGACCCUCACCGGGAACCGACGAGCGACGCAAGUAGAAGCCUGCCGUUGCCCGCUUGGCUACAUAGGAAGCUCUUGCGAGACCUGCGCACGCGGUUACUACAGAGAUACCAGCGAUCGGUCCGUCAGUUACCUGGGCUCGUGCAAUCUUUGCCCGUGCAACAAGAACGAGGAGAGCUGCGAGAUCAGCAGAUCCGGUCAGGUCAAAUGCCACUGCCUCCCGGGUUACACGGGACUGUACUGCCAAGAUAUCGGUGAGCUGAUGGUAAGCUUAAUGCCCAUGAACGGCGCAGUCAGGACGUACUCCACGAUCCAAUUUAAGUGCAACUAUGACUAUCCAGACACCUUUUACAUCUAUUUUAAAUUGUCGUCGCUUGACGGAUUGCCCGUAACUACGUGGGGCGACAAACCCGGUCCCAUAAUCAAGACGACAAAGGGAGCUUUUCGCACCUGGUCCGUCCACGUGAACAGCACCGCUUGCAACGUGGAAUGCCACAUCGUGAACUACCGUGGCAAAGAACUGAUCAAGAUCGUGACAUCGAUUACGCCAGUUGGAGAAACAACGACUACCACACCAGGCCCAAUACCUCCGGCAAGGAUCAUGGUUUAUGUGCAAGAACCAGAAUUCCAGAUCGUCCACACAGGAAAUACCGUCAGAUAUCAUUGCACGGGCAGAUCGCAAGAUAGCGAUUCGGUACGCAUCAGAUGGGAGAAAGAAGGUGGCCAAUUACCGCCCGGAAGGAGCGUGGACGACGCGAAUGGACUAUUGGUCAUUAGGGACGUGAAGGUGUCUGACAGCGGUAUAUAUGUCUGCCAAGUGAGCGAUGGAAUAAACAUCGCGAUCAAGAAAGUCACCCUGACUGUCGGAGGGGCCAAUCCGGUGGAACCCAGAGCUGUGAUAAGUCCAACCUAUCAGCAAGUGAGAGAGGGCAAACCGGUGGAAUUCCGUUGCGAGGCCACCGGUAAUCCACCGCCGCAAUUAGACUGGGUGCGAGUCCACGGCGCCAUGAGUCCAGAGGCGACCUUCUACAACGGCAUUUGGAAUCUACCGGCCGCGUCGAAGAGUGACGCAGCCGAAUACAAAUGUAUCGCCAGGAACAACGUUGGUAUAGAUGAGAAGACGACCGUUUUGUACGUUGAAGACAACCCAGAUAAGCCACCGCCUCAAAUUAUACCGCCGACUGUAACUCCAUCCGAAUGGUCCGGGACCAGCGGAGACGCCGUGAGACUGAUCUGCACACCGUCUCAGCGUGCGAACGUCACCUGGACGAGAUCCAGCGGACUCCCGUUACCCAACUCCGCCAGUCAACGCGACGGAGUCUUGACCAUCACCAACCCCAGCCCCAGCGAUUCCGGCAUAUACGUGUGCACGUCGACAGAUGUUCGCGGAACGGAAACGAGCACCACCGCCAAGAUCGUGAUAGUGCCUCGCAGGGAACCACCGACGAUCAAAGUGAAGCCCGAACGACAAGUGGUGUCUCAAGGCACAGUAGCCGAAGUGCGAUGCAUCACGAGCGGAGAGCCAGGAAUAUAUGUGAAAUGGAGCAAGUACACGGAAACGAUGAGCUCGCGCGUACAACAAGUAGACGACACGCUGAGGAUUGUCAACGCUCAGGUCUCUGAUCGGGGAGUAUACAUCUGCCGAGUGAGCAGCCCCACGGGCAGUUACGAGGCCAGUGCUAUCAUCGAAGUUGCACCUCGUGAAGCUCCGAUCCUGGAGCUGUAUCCUCAAGACGUUCAAACCGUCAUCCUCGGCGGUUCCGCCGAUCUUCAGUGCCGCGCAAAGGCCGGCUUCCCCGUACCCGAGUUACAUUGGUCUCGCCAAGACUAUCGAUCGUUCGCCUCUAACAUCGAACAACUCCCCGGCGGCCUUCUCAGACUAUCGAACAUCACAGCGAACGACGGCGGCGCCUACAUUUGCUCCGCGUCCAACGAGGUCGGCUCGACGUCGAUCAUCGCGCACAUCGAGGUGCAGUCCAUGCCUGUGAUCACCAUCACCCCGAAACACGGCAUCUUGCAGGUGAAACGCGGAGGACAGAUCCGCCUGGUGUGCAGCGCGAGUGGACACCCGCAGCCCAACGUAGCUUGGAGCAAACACGUGAACGGAAUGACCGUCUACGACACGUACAGCAGAAAAGCGGCCACCCCGUUGAGCGCCGUGUACGAGAUAUUCUCCGUUUCACCCAACGACGAAGGCUCCUACACAUGCCAGGCCACGAAUGCGGUGGGAAUAGCUGAAGAACGAAUUCAAAUUCGCAUCGAGGACGACAACGACGUGGAUGAACCUUGUACCGGCGACAGAGGCGACAUUCCGUGCCCUCCCGACGACUCACAACCACAUCAUCCCAUUGACAGAGGCUCGAAUCAAGGAGUGUUAAUUCCCGAGGACUACCUGAAGAUCCCGAACGGCGGCAAGGUAGAGAUGCGUUGCCAGGUGUUCGGACCCGACGGAGACCACAUCUAUUUAGACUGGAAGAGAAGCGAUCAUCGCUCCUUACCGCAGGGUAGCACCGUACACAACGGAGUAUUGAGCAUCCCGACCGUCGACAGAACCGCGGCUGGAGAAUAUAUCUGUCUGGGCUUGGAUCCUGCCGGCACCGUGCUCUUCAGAGCGAAGUCUCAUCUCGAAAUUAUAUCCCCACCGAGGAUCGACCUGAACCCUACGCAUCAGACAGUAGGUCCCGGCGAGAACCCAUCCAUCGUUUGCACCGCCACGGGAGAUGAGCCUCUACAUAUCGAGUGGGAGGCCAUAGGACGACCGUUACCAUACUCGGUAACGCACCACAAUGGUAUCCUGCAAUUCCACGGUAUCGCCUACUCCGAUGCCGGCAAAUACGUAUGCAAAGCGACGAACGGAGCGGGAACGGCGGAAGCGGUGGCUGAAGUUUCAGUCAACGAGCAUUCUUACAACGACACGAGAAUUCACGCGGAACACAGGGACGUGACGACGUACGCCGGCAGUUCCGUACGCUUACGCUGCGACGUGCGCGAACGCGCGACAAUUCACUGGAGCCGCGAGGGACAAGCGUUGCCGAUCACCGCGCGAAUCGGGGAAGACUACCUGGAGCUGAUGCAGGUGAAACCCGAAGACAGCGGCCGAUACAUCUGCCAAGCGCAAACCAGCCGCGGUGUAUCGAGCGAUUAUAUUAAUUUCAACGUUUCGCUAGUUAAUUUGCUUGCGGAUUGCAUGCCAGUGUACCGAUCGCAGUGCAGGCACUGGGAGUAUGAAUGCAGAAGCCUACAAUGCAUUCCGAUGGAAUACUUUUGCGACGGCUAUGUUCAGUGCAACGACGGUACUGACGAACGCUUCUGCCGCAACUUGCGAUAUCGCCAAUUUCUUCAGAGACGACGCGCUGCUGCCUCGCCGUUAGUAAGCGUCGAAGUAUCCCAAGACCCGAUAAACAUCGGCGAUACAGUCGAUAUACACUGUACGUGCAUUGGAACACGCAAUCCACGCUAUCACUGGUCAAGACCGAACCAUGCGAGAUUGCCGCCAAAUGCGCAAAUAUACGGCAACGUUCUGAGAUUAACUAACAUAGCCGUCGACGAUAGUGGACUCUACAGGUGCACCGUGGACACGCCAGAGGGUGUAUUGGAAAAGGAUUUGAACCUAAUUGUCCAUGGUGGGAACAACGAUGAACCAGCGAUUGAGACGAAAUUCGCGCCGUACGGGUCGAGCCUGGAGAUGGACUGUCGCAUCGAUCUCGAUCCACCGAUACAAUUCCACUGGAACAAACUCGGUGGACUUUUGCCGCGAGAUACUCAGACUUUGGAGAACAAAUUGAAGCUAACUAACGUAAAGGCCGAGGAUGCUGGAACAUACAUCUGCGUCGCGAAUAACGGACACAUGAACAUCGAAGUGCCUACAGUGCUGGUGGUGACGGGAGUCGUGCCUAACUUCAGCCAAGCGCCCGAGAGCUACAUUGCCUUGCCGCCUCUACCUGACUCCUAUCUCAAGUUUAACAUCGAGAUCUCUUUCAAACCGGAGAGUAACGAGGGUAUCCUCCUUUACAACGACGAAUCCAGCAGUGAGAACGGCGAUUUUAUCGUUUUGUCUCUGAUUAACGGAUACCCGCAAUUCAAAUUCAACCUAGGCUCUGGAGCAGCCGUCGUUCGCGCGGACAGACCCGUCACCCUGAGCGAGUGGCAUACCAUCAAGAUCCAACGCAACCGAAAGGAGGGAACAAUGGUGGUGGACGGCGAAGGUCCGUACAAGGUGGUUGCGAUAGGCAGGCGUCAGGGUCUGGACUUGAAGGAGCCCCUUUACGUCGGCGGAAUUCCCAGUUACAAUAGAAUCAACAAGGAUGUCGAAAUUAACUCUGGUUUCGUCGGCUGCAUAAGCAGAUUGAUUCUCGGGGAGAAGCAGGUGGAUCUGAUCGGCAAUCAGACCGACAGCGUGGGAAUCACGAACUGCGAGACUUGCGCCGAAAAUCCCUGCAACAACGGCGGCGUAUGCCAGGAAACAUCGACGAAGAACGGUUACACGUGCCUAUGCCGAGCUGGUUUCAGUGGCAAACACUGCGACAAUGUCGGGCAAUCCUGUUACCCAGGUGCGUGCGGAGAAGGCAAGUGCGUCGAUAAGGAAACCGGCUUCGAUUGUUACUGCUCGUUAGGCAAGACAGGACCGCGAUGUCAGCACUCGGUGAACGUCUACGACCCGGCCUUCCAUGACGAGAAAGCUUUCAUCGCGCACGAGACCCCAAAAGCUCUUAGACGGCUUAAGGUAGCCAUGAGUUUUAACCCUACGGACACCGGGGACGGGAUCUUGAUGUAUUGUUCUCAAAGUGACGAAGGCCUUGGAGAUUUUGCAGCGCUAGUGAUAAAGGACCAACACGUCGAGUUUCGCUUUGAUAUUGGCUCUGGGGAGGCGGUGAUAAGGUCACCCUACACUGUCCAGCCCGGAGUGUGGACGUAUGUAAUGGUAAACCGAGAUUUUAAGGAAGCGAAACUGUCGGUGAACAGCGAGCCGUUUGUGGAAGGCAAGGCGCCCGGAGCUUCGAGAACCAUGACCCUGAAUACUCCUCUCUAUAUCGGAGGGGUAGAUCGCAGCAGGAUCGUGGUGAACAAGGGAGCCGGCGUUGAUCGAAACUUCCGUGGAUGUAUAAGCGAGCUCGAAAUCUCAUCAAACAGUGUGGAUAUACUACGAUCGGCGACUGACUUGGCCAAUAUCGAGGACUGUUCAAUGUCUCACUCGAAUCAAACAAUCGUCCACGCCACCGUCACCACCCUGACAUCCACGCAACCACCAACGACAUCGUACAAUCCCUGCGCGUCGAAUCCUUGCAUCCACGGUGUGUGUCAAAGUUCAAACGCGUACGAUUACUCGUGCACGUGCGAGUACGGAUACGUGGGCAGAAAUUGCGAGAACGUGCUGAAGCAGUGCGAACUGCUCACACCGUGCAGAAACGGCGGCACCUGCACUAAUCUUCACGGAUCUUACAAGUGCGACUGUCGGCUCGGUUACAACGGGCAAAACUGCGAGAAACUGGCGGAAAUUACAUACGACGUCGCGUUCAGGGGAGACGGCUGGUUAGAGUUGGACAGAUCUGUCAUGACACAUGAAGAGGAACGAAGUGAGGUGUUGGGCUUCGAAAUCAGCACCAACAGGAGCAACGGGCUCAUCAUGUGGCACGGGCAAACGCCAAACGAUCUAACACCUGAUGAUUACAUCGCCGUUGCCGUAGUGGACGGAUACGUGGAGUAUCAGUACAAUUUGGGCUCCGGACCCGCCGUGAUUCGCGUCACCGCUCAACGAGUCGACGACGGUGAGCGGCAUCGAAUAAUCUUGAAGCGCCAAGGCAGCGAUGGCAGCAUCGAGCUGAACGGCGAACACACCGAGAGCGGCGUCAGCGACGGACUCCAGCAGAUACUGAACACGCGAGGUAGCGUUUACCUGGGAGGUGUGCCGGACUAUGCGAUGACCUACGGCAGAUACCACGACGGUUUCUCCGGUUGUAUCUACACCUUGGAGGUGCAAGACUCAGGGGCUAUCGAUAUCGGCGAGAAGGCCGUCCGGGGAAUAAAUGUCUCACCCUGCACCAGCGAUCGAACUGAUAGACUUCCAACACGUGGUGACCUGCGCGGAUACUAAGAGAAAGAGAUCUGCAUUGUAUAUUCAAGAAACGUACUGCGACUUUGUAUUACAUUGUCGAGCGACAACACCGUUUCCACGUAAAAACGUUGAAUCUUAAGCCAAGUGUAUCCGUUAAAUUUUUUCAUACAUAACUAAUGUGUUUUGUGGAAAACGUUCUAAGUAUAAAGGAUCAAAAGCAAACGUAAUAUUAAGCUAAUCAAACGUCGUCCCGGCAUUGCACGACCUAAAGGGCGCAACUUCUCAAUUGCGAUACAAAAAUAAUUUGUUUGCCCACGGGACAUCUCGCGAAAAUCGAAAAACGUGCGUAAAAAACGUAUUUAACAUGUAUUUAUCUCCCCGAUUCCACAGUUUAUCAUGAACGAGAUGAAGUGUGUGAAAGAUAGGAAAGUGACUAACGCUUAACGCGUCAUAUGUAAACAGUUUUAUAUCCGUAGUUACAUACAGAGUCUAUAUCUCUUGCACUCAUAUAUUGCCAUCGAGAUAUUUUAUAAUUAACGUGACUUUUUAUAUCGCUUUUAUUUGUACGAGAAGAAAAAUAUACGUUCGAUUCGUGCAUAUAACGAACCGCUGUUUCAGAAACAGCAGAAAGUUUAUGCAUUUAGAGAAUGAUUUAGAAAAUUGUUCUGGAAAUAUUAGUUACGAUGUACAUGUGACAGAUAUCACGCGUUGAAUUUUCCAAUUCUCACGUUUUUCCCCGUUAAUAAUAUUACUCUUUAUGUUUCUUUCUCUCUCUUUAGUCGGGUUUUCUCGCAACGUCUUACUUUUGCGAGUCAGCUGUACUACUACGAACAGCUGAUAAGAUGACUGAUGAAAGAAACGAAAACGAAAACGCAUUAAUGAUGAAGCGUAUAUAGUCUAUAAUUUUUCACUGCCAUAUACUCUGAUUUGUUCAUAUUUUUGAUGGGAUAAAGCAGGUUUUUGCCGGCGACGUCGUAUAGAGAUAAUAAAUAUUAUUCACUAGCGUAUGAGUGUAAUCAAAGUUCUAAUGAGAUCUCGAUAUAUAAUCUCUCCUUACCGAAAAGACAAUAAAUUCUCUCGACCGCAGCACAAGCAUUUCGUUGGGGAAACAAUAAAAGACUUUUUCUACGCGAUAUUAGGUGUCGAAUUUUUACAUUUUGAAAAGAGCAAACAUUUAUAUAUUUAUAACGCGAAAUAUAUAAGCUGCGCGAACGUGUUAAUUUCCAUUGAUGUUAAAUAUUAUAGACCGUCGUAAAAGAUAAAAUUCUCAGAACAGAGAACAUACACAUCAAUAAUCAAAUGGAGAAUUAAUAAAUGUUACAAUUCUCCAAAUCCAGAUUGCACUCAUACCUUGAUGAAUACUUAUCAUUUAUUUUAUACAGAGUAUCCUAGAAUUACAGGUAAAGACUUGACUGGUUAAUAAAAUGCAAACAAAAAACAAACAUAAAUGUCUUAGGUAUGCAAAUCAGUCAUUUUCGACAUAUCUAAUUUUCCAUUUUAUAAGCUAAAUUCUGUGAACAAUACAUACUGUGAAAUUAUUAAUAUCUCAACAAAUUAAAAAUGUCAACGAUAUUCGCAUAGUUUAAUAUGAACAUGUUCGCAAUUUUUAAAUACUGUCUUUUUUUUUAACAAUUUUAUUUUUUGAAACAAAUUAUAUUACUUUAAAGAGACAUGAAAACUGGAAUAAUCUAUCAUUAUAUUUUUUUAUUGCAUUUUAUACACUAAAAAGAAAAAAUUAAUGUUUUGCAAUAUUACGAUUCAAACUAAAAUUCACCAAUUCUCAUUUAUAUUCACACUUCAGCAUCAUUGAUAUAUUCUACCCGAAUAAUCUAAUUUUACAAAUUAAUUCUUAUUCCGAAGAAAAAUAACCCGUAAGACGACUGCAAUCAAACAUCGUGAAAUUCAAGUCAGAAAAUUCCCGGAAAUUCAACAGAAUCUCAUUCGCGAUGAAAUCGGGCUUCGCACAUCCAUAUAUAACGUGCAUGUCCGUCGUAUUCUAAAUAAUUUUGAUACUUACUUAAGUCUUUAUCCUUAAUUCUAAAAUGCCCUGUAUAUGCAGGUGCUUACAUGCAAUUUUUAAUAAACAGAUAAUCAAGGGUCGAUAAGUAAGUGAUAAGUAAUAAAUGAGUAUAAUUGAUCAUAGCAACAACAUCGAACGAUCGUAUGUACUUUUUCAUUCGAAUCAGUCGGAAAAACAAACGAAGAAAGUCACGUAUAAAAGAAUUGCGCUACGUAAGAAGAAUUGGUGCUAGAGAAAAAUACGCGAUGCUACUUACACGAAAAAUUCAUAUCAAAUAUAUUAUGGAAAAUGUAUGUGUAUACACAAGUGAGCAGUAAUCUGCGCUCUCUAAUAUUCUCUACAUUGGUGAUUUCAUGAAAGUAAAACGUACAAGGAUUGAAAGUAAUAAGGAUCAUUGUUCGUCCGUUAAGAUCAUAUGAAUACAAUCAGGACAUUAUCCAGGAUAAAACAAUUGAAAUACAAUAAUUUACGUUAUCGCUUAUACAAAAAUAAAUCAUUUAAAUGAGUCUCCAUGUACCCUUAUAAAAAUAUCAUACUAAGAAUCAUUGAUAAUUACUUAUUUUCAGUAUUAAAAAUACUGGAUAAUAAGUAAUUAUCAAUGAUUCUUAGUAUGAUAUUUCUAUAAGGGUAUUAAACGGCACAAACGUGAUUUAUAUCUCCCACUCUGAAAUACUGUUUUCAAUUAAACAUAUUUUUCUUACGUAACUUUAUAUAACCAUUUUAUGGUUUCUGACGAAAAUUGGAGAAGAUCCUUAAUACAUCCCAAUUAUGAGACACGAAAUAUAAAACAGAUCUGCCUCGAAUGCACAUUGACAUCAGAUCGUGUCUCUCCUACGUUUUUUUCUACAACAAUUAUUUCAUCAGCAGGUAUCUUCUAAUGUGUAAUAGAUAAAUUACUUUUUACGAUCUUACUGUUCAAUACGUUGUGCGGCAGAGUGCCUAUUAGCGAUAUUAACUCUUAAUUAACGUAUCUUUUAAUAUAAAUACGAAAUAUGUCAAAUUAUCAACUAAUGAUAUAUUACAUGUAAUGAAAUAAGAAGUAUCAUUUAACGAGAUUUUCUUUGUCUUUAAAAUUCAUUGCGAGACAAAAUACCAACGUGAAAUAAUGUAUCAUAGAUCUUGUGAAAUUUUCUAUAUCCGUUACGGCUCUACUAACAUAUUGUAAAUGAUCAUGUACAGAAAACACACACAUAUAUAUACACAUAUAUAUGUGCUUGUAUAUUAUUAUACUCUAACACUUUAAUCAUAUACCAACAUCGAAUGAAUGCUUUUGGAUGUUCAUGCAAACGUUAAUUAUGUAAUAUCGCAUAUUGCAUUACAUGUAUGCAUAUUGCAUUAUAUAUGUAUAGGAUGAAAUAACAAAUAUAAAUUGCAAUAGCUUCUUUACGCAAUUACGAUGUCAGGAUAUAAAUAAUGGCGAUGCUAUCCAGACAUCUCAACUAGAUAUGGAUUUUAAGGUAUAGCAAUUGUUCCAUCCUAUACAUAUAAAAUCAUACUGAAAGUAUCUACGAUAACAUAAAAAUGUAGUCUAUUGUUACACAAUAAUUCUUCAAAGAAAAUGAGACAAUAAAUAUAAUUUUGCUAACGA